CACGUUAGCAUUAAUAUUGUUUUUCUUUCUUCGGUUGUGUGUUGUCUGUCGCUGACGCUUUCGUACUGAGUGUCUUUUAUCCGAAUCCGAUUUUCAUUUAUUCACUAACUGAAAUCUAUAUCUAUCAUAUUAUAGUAGAUUAGUUAGUUGUCUGAUUGUGAUUGUUGCGUAUCAUUCCAUCUUACGUAUCUCUUCACACUAUCAUUGCUACAUACCGCUGACUUCGGUUUCACAUACCAUCGUUGUCUACCACUUAAUUGCUGCAAACUUCGAGUAAUUAGUUCAUCAUGUUGUCCUCGUUCAGAAGCAAUUUCAAGACCUCUGCUAUACAGAGAAGAUUCUUGUCGUCGACAGCUGUCCGUCACCAAGUCAUUGGCUCCAACGUCAAGGGUGCUGAUUUCAAUGCUGCCAAAUACAUGAGCCAAAAAUACCACGUGAUCGACCACGAAUACGACUGUGUUGUCGUUGGCGCUGGAGGUGCUGGUUUGAGAGCAGCCUUUGGAUUGGCUGAAGCUGGCUUCAAGACGGCUUGUAUCUCGAAGUUGUUCCCUACCAGAUCGCACACAGUUGCUGCCCAGGGUGGUAUCAAUGCCGCUUUGGGAAACAUGCACAAGGACGACUGGCACUGGCACAUGUACGAUACCGUUAAGGGUUCUGAUUGGUUGGGAGACCAGGAUGCCAUCCAUUACAUGACAAAGGAGGCUCCUCAAUCGAUCUACGAGUUAGAGAACUACGGUGUACCAUUCUCCCGUAACGAAGAAGGCAGAAUCUACCAGAGAGCUUUUGGUGGUCAAUCGAAGGAGUAUGGUAAAGGUGGUCAAGCCUACAGAACUUGUGCUGUAGCUGACAGAACCGGCCAUGCAUUGUUACACUCCUUGUACGGUCAAUCUUUAAGACACGACACCCACUUCUUCAUUGAGUUCUUUGCCAUGGACUUGAUGAUGCAAGACGGUGAAUGUAUUGGUGUCAUGGCUUACAACCAGGAAGACGGUACCUUGCACAGAUUCAGAGCCCACAAGACCGUUAUCGCCACUGGAGGUUACGGGAGAGCCUACUUCUCGUGUACAUCGGCCCACACCUGUACUGGUGACGGUUAUGCCAUGGUUUCCAGAGCUGGUUUGCCCUUAGAAGAUUUGGAAUUCGUUCAAUUCCAUCCUUCUGGUAUCUACGGAUCCGGAUGUCUUAUCACUGAGGGUGCCAGAGGUGAAGGUGGUUUCUUGCUCAAUUCUGAGGGUGAGAGAUUUAUGGAACGUUACGCUCCAUCGGCCAAGGAUUUGGCUUCAAGAGAUGUCGUUUCCAGAGCUAUCACCAUGGAAAUUAACGAAGGCAGAGGUGUAGGUCCAAAGAAGGAUCACAUGUACUUGCAAUUGUCGCACAUUCCUGCUGCUGUGUUGAAGGAAAGAUUACCUGGUAUUUCUGAGACUGCUCAUAUUUUUGCUGGUGUCGAUGUUACCAAGGAACCUAUUCCUAUCUUGCCUACUGUCCAUUACAAUAUGGGAGGUAUCCCUACCAAGUGGAACGGUGAGGUUCUCAAGAAGAAUGAAAAGGGAGAAGACGAAGUUGUUCCAGGUUUGUUGGCCUGUGGUGAAGCUGCUUGUGCUUCUGUUCAUGGUGCCAACAGAUUGGGUGCUAACUCUUUAUUGGAUUUGGUUGUUUUUGGUAGAGCUGUUUCUCACACCAUCAGAGACUCUUUGACCCCAGGCGCUCCACACAAGCCUGCUCCUAAGGAUAUUGGUUACGAAUCAAUUGCUAACUUGGACAAAUUGAGAAACGCUACUGGUUCCAAGACUACUGCUCAAAUUAGAGAUGACAUGCAACACACCAUGCAAAGAGGUUGUGCUGUUUUCAGAACCCAAGAGACUUUGGACAAGUGUGUAGAACACAUUACUGAAGUCGACAAGUCGUUUGCUGAUGUUAAGACUACUGACCGUUCUAUGAUCUGGAACUCCGAUUUGGUAGAAACCUUGGAAUUGCAGAACUUGUUGACUUGUGCUACUCAAACCGCCAAGUCUGCUUCUGCCAGAAAGGAAUCCAGAGGUGCCCAUGCCAGAGACGAUUACCCUAGCAGAGACGAUGAGAACUGGAGAGUGCACACCUUGUCUUACCAGACCGCUUCUGGAGAAGAAGUUAAGUUGGACUACAGAGAUGUCAUCAAGACCACUAUGGAUGAAAACGACUGUAAGCCUGUUCCUCCAGCUGUCCGUGUUUAUUAAGCGCAGAUAUUGUUAUAGAUAAGGUUGAUAGGAUAAGAUCUAAAGAUGGAUAGCAAAUGUCUGUAAGAUUAUUCAAGAUGAUGAUUAGUCUUUUAGCUUAUGCUUAACUAUCAUUUCAAGCUUAUCUUAGGUAGCUACAUUUAGUACGCCUAUAGGUAUCUACUUUAGUGCCUAUACAUAGUCACUAAGACAUUAAGGGCCAUUUGACUGAACUUUACCUCACGUGGCUCUUGUAUUUAUUUUGAACUCAUUCUAUUUUCAUAUGUUGUUGAACGUUCGUAUUGCUCUAAAAUCUUUGCAUAUACUCCUGGAGUUGGGUCCAGCCCUCGGUGGUUGGUUUUGGCUGCUGUUAUUUAUUUAUUUUCAUCAAUGCACGAACACUAAAG